AUGGUAAACUUCUUCACUACCGUGGUCGGUAUCUUCACACGGCUAAUUAAUGCAUCCAUCGGCCUUGCUCCUUGGGUCUCAUUUGCUAUCUGGCUAGAAAUUCGGGAUCUGUUCUACCUCAUCGCAAACCGUUUUCGCCCUAGUCGGCCCGUUGGAAGUGUUGUGCCUCCCGGCCAUCCAGGCCACGGUGGAAUCUGGCCGAAGUUCCUCCCUCCGACCCAGGGGAAAGAGAGCCGAUCUCCGUGUCCCGGACUCAACACCCUUGCCAACCAUAAUAUCUUACCCCGUGAUGGCAAACAUAUCACCUAUAAGCAGUUGUCAUCUUCAAUCCAGCAUGCAUUUAACUUUUCGCCAACACUUGCCGGCCAGCUCACUGCUUCUGCCAAACUGCUAGACCAAGGACGGGGCUGGAUUGACCUGCAUGAUCUGAAUGCCUUGAACGUUAUCCAACACGACGCCUCAAUUACCCGUCCUGACAUUGCCUUCUGUCCUGAUCAGGGUUAUCCGCACCCUGACCUCGUCGAAAAGUUCCUCGCCCACUCUUCUAACGGGAAAUCUCUCUCGCUGGGUGACAUUGCGGCUUUCUCUAGAAAACGUCGUGCCGAAUGCAAACGCAGCAAUGGUCAAUACUCUAUGACAGGGAACUUCCUGCACGAGUUUAUUGGCUCGGGGGGGUCGCGAACUCAUUUACUCUAUAUUUGGUGGUAA